CCCUGGGCCCACUUAUAGCUCCCUCCCUGACACGUGUAUAAUCUUAUAUCAAGAUCUAGAUAUGUCACACUACAGGUCACGACAUCUGUAAGAGUCAAAACUCCGACAGAUGACUUUUACGUCUUGGAUCCGGGGCGGUAAGUAAGUAAGUAACAGACAACGGGGAAAACCACCGUUUCUGUGCCAAUAUUUUGACAGGAAAAAUGUUUGCCAUUUGGCCAUUCCAUUUGCUGCACAGAUGGCAAAAAGCACGCAGUGACAGUGGGUAGACAAAGACGUUCUAGAAGGGCGAGUGAAGCUAUCUAUGUGUUCCGCCCUGCGCACAUAAACACACAAACACUGUUAGAGUUUCACGGCGACUUGACGUUCGGUACAUCUCCGGGGACGGUCGUGGUUCUCUCCGAGACAUCGCCGACUAGCCUCCCGACUUGGCGGAAACUGACUCACGUGUCUACAUCUGUUCUAAGGAGUCCCGGGACGUCUCUGCGCGCCGUCGGGGAGAAAGAGAAAGCCCCCAAGCAUCUCACUGGGACAGACGUCUGGAGGGAAUUGGCUCUGCCCCUCCCCCCGCCCGCAGGAGUUGGUACAUUCCAUUUUCAGCACCAGGUUGGCUACAGCGCCACUCGGGCUAUAGACGAGACGGCCACAGACUGGUGACCGCCGCGCACUGUGGAGCAUCUCGACCGUACCCCGCUUGGAAUAACUACCGCCUCGCAUCACAACUCCUGGCGGAGGAUGCGUUAGAGUCUCUGCGAGCUUACCAGCGAGGCAUAGCUCUGCGAAAUUAAUCUUCCAGGACUACUUGAUGAGAAUAACCGCAACGGCCAGGAGAUAGUGUUAGUUUCCCGUCUUCCAGGGCUUGUAGAAAGUUAGACGGGGCCAUGGGGACGUUAUGGGAUGUGACGAGGAUAAACCUCGCCAUCUUCCUACUAUUAGUUGUACAUGCAAAUGCUCAGUUUUCUAGAAAGAAAAGUUCGUCCUGCGACUGCCCUGAGGGACCUGAGGGACCAGCUGGACCUCCUGGGCCACCCGGUUUACCUGGCAUGGAUGGAAUGAUGGGAAUGAACGGAGAAAGAGGACCACCUGGACCAAGGGGAGGGCCGGGCAGCAAAGGCCCGCCAGGUCCAGCCGGAAAUACAGGAGAACCGGGAAUGCCGGGUUUCCCAGGAAAACAAGGCCCCAAAGGCAUCCCUGGCAACAGAGGUUCAGCUGGUCCCCCCGGGCCUGCUGGGCCACCGGGAGAAGCAGGAGAACCAGGUGAUGAGGGCAAGCCAGGUAUGAUGGGAAUGGCGGGCCCACCUGGACCUCAGGGAUUGAUCGGACCCCCUGGUAAGACAGGUCAGCCUGGAGGCCCUGGAAGCAGGGGGAUGCCGGGUCCACCAGGUAACAAUGGCGGACCAGGCAUGCCGGGACUGAAAGGUCAUAGGGGAUUCCCUGGAGCACCAGGACCACUCGGUCCCCCCGGAAUGGUCGGAAGAGACGGUAAAGAGGGCAAGGAAGGCGACGCUGGACCGCCUGGACCCGCGGGUCCUUCCGGCCGACCGGGAGACAAAGGAUCCCCUGGAAAAUCUGGAAGCCCGGGUCGCCCCGGAAGUAUCGGACCCCCUGGACCUCCUGGCAAUUCGGGUGAUCGGGGAGCCCCCGGACCUCCCGGCUUCCAAGGAGCACCGGGUAUGGCCGGAAAAGCAGGCAUCCAAGGCAAAACCGGAAAUGACGGUUCCCCUGGCGCUAUUGGUCCACCUGGACCUCCAGGACAACGUGGUGUUGGGCAGCCUGGACCGCCUGGACCUCCUGGGGAAGGGAAAACUGGAAAGGAUGGUGCUAAGGGACCAGCAGGAUUGCCGGGCAGACCCGGAAUGCCGGGAAGACCGGGACCACCAGGUCAAGCUGGUCAGUCCAAGGAAGGCCCAGAAGGUCCACCUGGUCCCCCUGGCCCGGCCGGUUUGGGAAGAAGAGGACCUCCUGGUCCCCCAGGACCCCCAGGAGCUAUGAGCCAGGCAGCACGGCAACCCGGUCCGCCCGGCCUGCCCGGCGAAAGGGGCAGACCUGGCCCGCCUGGUGAGCAGGGAUCGCCCGGCCCAGUAGGACUUCCCGGUCAAGGCAUCAAGGGGCACCAAGGUAUGCCAGGGAUGCCCGGCCAACAGGGACAGCCAGGACCGCCAGGACCUCCUGGAAUCGGAGAAGCUGGACCUCCAGGAAAACAAGGAAAGCAAGGUGACCCGGGCGUUGGUAUGCCUGGGGAGCCAGGACAAAGAGGUUCACCAGGUCCUUCAGGCAGUGCUGGACGCCCCGGCCAGCCUGGUCCCCCAGGACCUCCCGGCAUCGGACAGCCAGGAAAUGACGGACAGGCCGGUCAGCCUGGACCACCUGGACCUCCAGGAUUCCCUGGCCCUGCUGGUGAAGGAAAGAGAGGCUCCCCUGGAAGAACAGGCCAACCUGGACCACCUGGACAACAAGGACCAGCAGGAAAACCAGGAAUUGGAAAGCCAGGCCGCACAGGAGAGCCAGGGCCUCGAGGAGACAAGGGUGAUGAUGGCAUGGGUACCCCUGGCCCACGUGGUCCCCCUGGUCUUCCCGGUCUCCCAGCACCAGCUGUAGAUCUAUCAGCUUUGGCAGGUGCACUCGCCAAGCAGAUGCCAAGUCCGAAGGGAGUAAGAGGACCACCCGGUCCACCAGGUCUAUCCGGCAGGCCAGGGAGAGGACGGCCCGGCAUGCCCGGUCAACCGGGAAAGCAAGGACCUCCUGGACCCCCGUCAACCCCAGGCACAGGUGGGGGCCCACCUGGUCCACCCGGUCCAUCAGGCCCCGCUGGCCCACCCGGCCCCUCCGGACCUGGCAUGCCUGGCCCACCCGGCCCACUUGGCCCCCCUGGCCCGUCUGGACUUCCCGGACCUCCCGGACCACCCGGUCAAGGCCUUAAGGGUGACCCUGGCCCCCCUGGACCCGCCGGAGGACCUGAUGGUCCAGGUGGUCGCGGAGACCCUGGACCCCCGGGGGCGCCCGGACAAGAUGGACCACCCGGCCCUGGAGGACCCCCAGGACCUGGUGGACCCGAUGGACCACCUGGACCACCAGGAAUUGGCCGGCCGGGGCCACAAGGCCCACCUGGACCCGGAGGACCACCAGGACCGCCAGGACUCGGAGUGAAGGGUGACCCAGGCCCCAUCGGCGGCCCAGGACCACAGGGACCACCUGGUUCACCAGGUGAACCGGGCAUUGGAGCGAAGGGAGACAUUGGCCAGCCGGGAGAGCCAGGGGAACCUGGACAAAGGGGCCCCAGAGGACCUCCAGGAAUCGGACAGUUGGGACCACCCGGACCCCCUGGACCCGGCGGACCUGCAGGACCCCCCGGUGUAGGUGUGAAGGGUGAGGCCGGACCACCAGGAUUCCCCGGAACCGCCGGACCUCCCGGACCCAGCGGUCCACCUGGAAUUGGCACACAGGGACCACCCGGUCCUCUCGGCCCACCUGGUCCCACUGGACCGCCAGGAGCACCAGCGCCCGAAAUCCCGGGACCACCUGGCCCUGCAGGUCCCCUUGGUCCCGUGGGCCCACCUGGUCCUCCAGGACUUCCCGGAGUUGGAUUGAAGGGAGAACCAGGCGCAGGCGGACCUCAGGGACCCCCAGGACCUCCCGGUGUUGGACUGAAGGGAGAGCCAGGUGUACUAGGACCCCCUGGGCCCGCAGGACCUACUGGUCCACCCGGACAGGGUAUACCUGGUGACGCAGGACCCCCCGGUCUGCCCGGCCUGCCUGGCGCCAGGGGCUUGCCUGGACUCGCUGGAAGGACAGGUCCCCAGGGACGCCCGGGUGGAUUCAAUCUUCUCACAAGACAUAGCCAGUUAGACGUGGUUCCGGACUGCCCUGAAAACAUGACGAAAUUGUGGGAGGGCUACAGUUUACUUCAUGUCGAAGGAAACGAGAGAGCGCACGAUCAAGAUUUAGGAAAACCGGAUUCCUGUAUGCCGAGAUUCGCCAUCCUGCCCUUCUUUAGCUGUGAGCCUGACGAUGUCUGCAAGUACGGCUACAGGGACGACAAGACGUACUGGCUAUCUACCUUUGACACAGCGGCUGGACAGCCCCCACAACCUAUCUCAGGCACUGCUAUCAGACCCUUCAUUAGUAGGUGUGCCGUGUGUCUCACAACCAGCCUGGUAAUCGCUGUACAUAGCCAAAGAGACGCCCAGAUCCCAGAAUGUCCCGUCGGUUGGAGAAGCAUUUGGGUCGGAUACAGCUUCCUUAUGCACACCGCUGCCGGAGAGGGAGGUGGUCAGCCGUUGACGAGCCCCGGAAGUUGCCUGGACUUCUUCCGUUCUGCACCUUUCAUCGAGUGCGUGGGAGACAUCUGUGACGUUUCAGCCAACGAACUGAGUUUCUGGUUGAUCGGUAUCCCCGGUGGGGAAGACGAUCAGUUCAAUCAACCGGAAAGGGCCGUGGGAGGUUUAGAUCUUUUAAGAAGUCGAAUUAGUCGCUGCAGAGUUUGUGUCUACAGUGGAGGCCUGUACGAAUCCAUAUUAGCAGGAGCACGUACGGGAGGAGGAAGGUUUUUCUAGAUAAAAGUAGAACGGCUUUUCAAUGAUCACGACCUUCGUCUUUCUUGGCCUUGAUUCCCUUUUUGCUUUAUAUUAACAAAGCCGGAUUGUACAAAGUACAAUCGAUUUGCUGCCUUAGAAAAAAAUCUGUAAAAUGGGGGGAUUCAUUGUAUAUUGUACUAGAUGUACUGUCUAUCGUUCGGCAGUUUAUGCAUUAUAACUGUGCAUAUGAAAGAAACAAAGUUGAGAAAGCUUGUUACUAUCAACCUGAACUGUCUGGUGAAGGCCUAAAGAGGUGUCAACAUUAUCAUGGUGCUAUCUAUGUUGUAAUUUUGUUCGAGUUACUUAAAAUAGGAAAGGUAAAGUUAGCUCGUUAUGUUUUAGAUAAGGAUUCCGGUAGUUUUGAUUAACAUUAGCUAAUGAUCAAAUCAUAGUGUUAAGUAAUACUAAAAAGGUUGAUCAAAGCCUUGCCGUGUAUGCUGGAAAAUAUUUCAUGUAAACAUUGCACGAUGUAUUAAAGUGUUAAAAGUACACCUGUUAUAAAAGUAGUGUAAUGAAUAUGUAUCAAAUUUAGUAGCACAGUGCUUUGACUUGAAAUGUUGUACUUACAAACUGUUCAUAUAUUUUAACCACAUGCGUAUGUAAUGCAGCUGCCUUGUUGUACUCAAUACCGAAAUCAAAGCGUACAAAAAUUGCUUUUCUAGUUUCAUAAUUUGUCUUAUUGAUGCAGGCUGACAUGUAUUGGUGUCUAUAAAUGUGAUGUGAUCGCCAAUACAACCGUUUAAACCA